AUGUCAGUGGAUAAGACAAUUGAAGAGCUAAGCUAUACAUUAGCUCAAUUAGGUAACCUAGUUGGACAUAUUAAUUCACAAAUUGGACAACUUGCAUCCAGGAUUAAUUUAACAUUAGAUACAUUCGAUCAAUCAAUAACGGGUAUAGCUAUUGAUGCCGAAAUUAUGUCAAAUCAUCUUGCUCAUACUAUAUCACAGUAA